GACAGGUCCGUUUGACAACAGAUCAACACAGCUUGACGUGGGACUGUGUAUGUGGAACAAAUAAAACAGAGGUUUCUUUCCUUUCGCUCAGGAUUACGUGUGAUAAAUCAAGUGUUUUUCGCUUUUAAUUUGUUAAGCGAAGUUGCCAGCGUUUGUGUUCACCGUCUAGUCCACCAAGAUGGCCGAUUGGGAUGAAAUCAAGCGUUUGGCCGCCGACUUCCAGAAGGCACAACUUUCCACCAGCCUGCAAAGAUUGUCGGAAAGAAAUUGCAUCGAGAUUGUAAGACUGCUCAUCGAUAAAGGACUUAUCGAUGUGAUCUACACCAACGAUGGCAAAGAGUACCUCACGCAAGAUCAUCUCCUGCGGGAAGUGAAGGACGAACUGUACGUUCGUGGUGGUCGUGCAAAUUUGAUCGAGCUGGCAAAGGCUUUAAAUGUGGAUUUCGGAAAGAUCGAGCACAUUGCGAAGCGGCUCGUCGAUCGUGAUCCGGAGCUGCACUUUCUGCUUGGCCAACUGAUCGAAAAGUCGUACAUUGACCGUGUGGCAUCCGAAAUCAACCAAAAGUUGGUGCAGUAUGGUGAAAUCAACAUCGGACAGCUAACCGUCACGUACGACUUGCCGACCGAUUUCAUCCUGAACAAAAUAGUGUUGGCCAAUUUGCACAAAAUCAUCUUCGCCAAGCAGGAUCCGACGAACGCGCACAUCUUCUUCACACAAUCGUACAUUAUGCGAAACAAGGCAAAGAUCCGUGGGGCACUUGCCGCGAUUACAAAGCCAACACCGAUAUCGGUCAUUCUUAAUCUUACCGAUGUGCCGGCACGCAUACUGUACAUGUCGCUGAACGAAAUGUCAUCGCUCGGUUCGGUCACGGUACAGUCGCCGGCCGGCCAAUACAUACCGCACGUGUACGAGCGUAUGCAGGCCGAUUACGUUAAAGAUUACUUCCAUCAAAAUGGAUACAUCACGAACGAGACCGUGUCGAAGCUGGGAGUGUCGGAUGUUCGAUCGUUCAUGCGUACUCGAUUGCCGGACGAGAAGCUAAUCAAUAUGAAGAACUGUAUCGUCAGUAACCGGCUAAUCGAGCGGGUUAAGGAUGCGAUGGAAGUUUGCAUCAGUAGCAACUCGUAUCUCGAUGUUUCCACGCUCCUGCCGUCGGGAUUGAGCAAUGAAAAUAUUGAAGAAAUUUUAACGCACAUACUUACACCUACCAUACGGAAACAGACGUACGUGUUCGGGACGGUGGUACUGACGAUAAACUUUAUGGACGAGUGCGUGAAAGGAUGCCAGGAGCUGGUGGACGAACACGCGAAGCGUGCCGUCGAGAGUGGCAACUAUCAGAAGUAUAUGGCGGAGAAAAUGAUGCAGCACCAGGAUGUGGACAGUUUCGGUGUGGACGAAGGAAAGGUUGACAAGCGUGAAGAACGGCGCAAGAAGGCGGCGAGUGGAAAGGUUGGUGGUGGAGCGCAGGGACGCGAGACAAAGACGAAAUCGACCAAGAAACAUGCCCGUGGAAACCGGGGUAAUGCAAUGGAUUCGGAUGACGAUGGAGAGAUGCAGGCUAGUGCGGGAGGCAAGAAGGGUGGGAAAGAGCCGCAUCUGGAACUGAUUACGGUGAAGGAGAUUGCGAAGGUGGUGGAAAAGGUGCUCGAACCGGAAGGGCUGGAGAUGUUGGAUAAGGACCUGGCGCAUCAUUACUAUCCCAUUCUCAGCAAACAGGCACUGGCCAAGGCACACGAGCUGUACGAGCUUACACUCCAGAAGAGCAAUCAAAACCGCCGACAGACACACGCCAGCAUCCAGGAGAAGCUGAACACGCUCUACAACGAUAUCCGCCUGUACGAGAAGGGCCUAAAGCUGUUCCCAUCCGAUGUGCAGGGCCAGCUGUUAAAGUAUCUCCUGAAAACGUUCGGCACAGACAUCUGUAACGAACUGUGCCUUUACGUAGCAGCCGAAUGUAACCUAAACACCAACUUUAGCGGCGCUCUGACGCCCGAACAGCGCACUAAGAUCGCGAACGACAGCGGUGCGGAAUACCGAGGUCCGCUGCAAACGCUCUGCAAAUCGCUCACCACCAGCGAAUCGGUGGACGAUUUUCUUGAGAAAACGGAAAAGACGAUGCAGGCGUGCAGCAUGAUGCUGAAGAAGAUUGACAAGAAAAAGGAUAGAAACCUCAUCCUCUGCCACAAACAUGGUCUGCUGGAGCAGCUUACCAAUUGUACCGAUCCGGCAUUGGUACUACAUCUGGCCGUACUGAUCAUCUUUACCAUCUCGACGCAAACCAUGCUGCACGCAUCCGGGCGGCAUGUGUCCGCCAUCUUAAGCUUCCUGCAGACGGCGCUGACCGCAGAAGAUUCGAAAGUGUUCAACAAUUACCAUGAUCUUGUACUGAAGCUGCUUAGCACGGAGAGCGCUACCACGGAAGAGGGCAAAGCAAAUGCGGAAGAAAUUAGCAAGCAGCUGGGUGAGCUUACGCCGGUCGUGAAGAGUAUUGCGACCAACUUCAAGAAAGCCGGUGUAACCACGGUAGAAUAGAUGACUGACGCCGGGUAGAAUGCUUUACGGUGAGCGUCUUUAAUUAAUCCGAUUUCCGCAUCAAAUAAAACUAAGCUUGUUAUUAAUUUUGAUUGAUUAA